AUGGCUAUAUCAGAUCUCCUCAACCGUCGAGUGCGAGCUCGCGCAGAUGAUGAUGAAGAAGUCUACUCCGACGGAUCAGAAUCAGAGGUACUCAGCGAUGCCGAGGGAUCUGACGAGUCUGGCUCAGACAACGCCAGUGAAAUAUCAGAGGGGAGUGAUGAUGAGUCCAACCCCUCCGAAGCCCAAGGCUCAGAACCAGAAGCAAGCGAGAUCGACUCUGAAGAAGACGACGACGACAACGAUGGCGAUAAUGAUGACGACGUAAAAUCAUCCAUUAACAACAUAUCCUUCGGCGCGCUCGCCAAAGCGCAAGCGUCGUUCGGGUCCAACGGUAAGCGGCGCACGAAAGGUGCGAAAGAAAGCGACGAACCAGCAACAAAUUCACCACUAAACGACAUCCGAGCCCGGAUCCAAGAGGCACGCGAACAAAAACGCAAAGCAUCGGCAACGUCAAAGGAAGGGACUUCGAGGUUUGAGAAGCCGGCAUCUCGCUCCUCAAAACAUGCACCUACAAUACAAUCGUCCAAGUUCGCUGUUUCUCGGAAACGCACUAUCGUUGAACCACCGAGUGUACCUAAAUCCCGGGACCCGAGAUUCGAUCCAACGAUUGUUGGUCGCAGGGGAGGAAAGUCUGCCCCGAGCGACGCUUAUUCGUUUCUGGACGACUAUCGCGCCGCGGAACUGAAGGAUUUGAAGGACCAGCUUGCCAAGACGAAGGAUGUGAAGAGGAGGGAGGCGCUACAGCGAGAAAUUCGGUCUGCGGCAGACCGGAUGCGUUCGAUUGAGAAUAAUAAGCGCGAGAAGGAUAUCUUGUCCGAACAUAAGAAACGGGAAAAACAGCUUAUUCGCGAGGGCAAGAAGGCUACGCCUUAUUUCUUGAAGAACUCAGAUCUUAAGAAACAGGCCUUGUUGAAGAAAUAUGAGGGUAUGAAGUCGAAGGACCGCUUAAAGGCGCUGGAAAGAAGACGAAAGAAGGCUACUGCUAAGGAGAGGAAGGAGAUGCCGAUGGAGCGUAGAGGGCUAAGCGAUAGCUUUGACGCAGCCCCGAGGAAACGGCAACGUCUCGACUGA